AGGGUAAGCAAUUCAAACACUUAGCUCAGCAAGAUUUCAAUGGUCAAAACGAAAGAAGACUUAGGGAGCUAAUAUAAGUAUGUGGUGUCGAUCAUCUGCAUUUAUGAUGUCUUUACGAAAGUUAAAGAUAACGCGACUAAAAACAAUGUGCAUGUCUCUAUCAUCAGAAAAUGGGCUUCCAAUAAAAUGCCUGUCAUCGAGGGACAUUCUUGGAUCCCGUCAACACUCAUGUUCUUGUUUGGCCUUGACUAGUUCACAUGCCAUGUCUAAUUCACUGUUGGUAAAUAACAGCAAUAAUUACUGUACCGCUAGUGAGAGUAUUUUGAACAAAGAUAUUCUUGGUGACAUAAAUUCGUUCAUGACUACAAGCGAUUCACAAACUGCAAACGAACUUGGGCCAGUCAUGCUUGUGUACCAAAACUUCAUAUCGCCAGAAGAAGAAGAACAGUUAUUUAACGAAAUUGAGCCAUACAUGAAACGACUUCGAUAUGAAUAUGAUCAUUGGGAUGGCGCUAUCCAUGGGUAUAGAGAAACAGAGAGGAGAAAAUGGACUAAGAGCAAUGAUGCUGUUUUGAAGAGAGUAGGGGACUUGGCCUUUCCCUCUGGUGUACAGCCCUUGGCACAUGUCCACAUCCUGGAUCUGAACAAAGACGGGCACAUAAAACCUCACAUAGAUGCUGUUAGGUUCUGUGGCAGUACAAUAGCAGGACUGUGUCUGCUUUCACCCUGUGUGAUGCGACUUGUACAUGAUAAAGACAAACAGCGUUGGGCCGAUGUUCUACUUGAAAGACGAUCCCUCUACAUUAUGAAAGAUACUGCAAGAUAUAACUACACACAUGAAGUACUGUCCAAUGAGAAGUCUGUUUUUAAUGGCCGCCCUGUCCCCAAGGAAAGACGGAUAUCCGUUAUAAUGCGCAAUGAAGCUAGCUGAUGAAUGUUUUCUUGUGUUGAGUUUUUAAGAAUAAACUAUUGCUA